AUGUCUGUAGCACAAGAGAAUUCAGAGAAGCCUACACUGGUUUUUAUCCCAGGGGCCUGGCACACCCCCGAAUACUACAGCAAUGUCAUAUCACAGCUGAAGGCAAGCGGAUUCCCAGCAGUGGCAUUACAGCUGCCCUCUGUCGGCGGGAACGAUGCCGUUACUAUGACAGAUGAUGCAUCAUUCAUUCAGCAAACAACGACCACACUAGUCGAAGAAGGAAAAGACGUUGUUCUAAUCAUGCACUCGUAUGGUGGUAUUCCUGGAACGGAGAGCGUAAAAGGGCUCUCUAAAAAGGAGAGGAAUUCACACGGCAAAAAGGGCGGCAUUUCGUCACUUGUUUACCUUUCUGCAUUCAUGAUACCCACUGGAAAAUCCUUGGUGGACAUGAUUGGCGGUGUCUUCCCAGACUUUCUCCACCUCGAUGGCACUCGCUGCACGCUGGCCGGGGACAAAGUCCCAGAAAUCAUGUACAACGAUCUCUCGGCUGAAGAGGCCAAUUCAUGGGCCGCAAAGGUCCAAUAUCAUGCCGCAUCCACCUUUGCUUCUCCUUUGACCCAUGCCGGCUAUCUCGAUGUUCCAACCACCUACCUACUGUGCGAGCAGGACAAUGCUAUUCCGUUCCCUGCGCAGCAAGCUAUGGUUGGCCUCCGUGGGGACGACAUUACCUUCCACGUGUGCAAGUCCAGUCACUCGCCAAUGCUCAGCAUGCCUGAGAAAGUGGUCGAUGUGAUUAGGGAAGCGGCAGGGAGCAGCAUCUCUGUGCACUAA